AUGGGUGAAUUACCAAAUUUGGCUUCAGAAGCCGUUUUGAAACAAUCUAUACCUGUUCCAGAAAGUUUUGUUGAAGUUAAAGGUAUUGAUUAUUCUAAAGAUUCAGCUUACAAUAUGACUGCGAAAGAUUUGAUAGCAUCAAUGGGUAGUAUGGGAUUUCAAGGUUCAUCAGUUGCCCAAGCUUGUGAUAUCAUUGAUAACAUGAGAUCUUGGAAAGGUAAACAUAAAAGUGAACUAGAGGAGCAUGAAAUCAAAGGAGCCUUCGAUGAUGAAGGAUAUCAAAGAACAACUAUCUUCAUGGGUUAUACCUCAAAUUUAAUCAGUAGUGGUAUGAGAGAUACCUUGAGAUAUUUAGUUCAACACAAAAUGGUUUCUGCUAUUGUUUCCACUGCAGGAGGUAUUGAAGAAGAUAUUAUCAAAUGUUUAGCUCCUACUUAUAUGGGAGAAUUUUCAUUACCUGGUAAAGGAUUAAGAGAUCAAGGUAUGAAUAGAAUUGGUAAUUUAUUAGUUCCAAACGAUAACUAUUGUAGAUUCGAGGAAUGGAUGGUCCCAAUUUUAGAUACUAUGUUAGAAGAACAACAAGCUAAUGCCAAUAAAGAGAACUGUUACGAUAAUGAUUCAAAUAUGUGGACUCCUUCAUCUUUCAUUGACAGAAUAGGUAAAGAAAUCAAUGAUGAAAGCUCAGUUUUAUAUUGGGCCCACAAGAAUAAAAUUCCAGUUUUCUGUCCUGCUUUAACUGAUGGUUCAAUUGGUGAUAUGUUGUUCUUCCAUACUUUCAAAUCAUCUCCUCAACAAUUAAGAUUAGAUAUUGUAGCUGAUAUCAGAAAAAUCAAUUCCAUGUCUAUGGAAGCUACAAGAGCCGGUAUGAUUAUUUUGGGAGGUGGUUUAAUUAAACAUCAUAUCUGUAAUGCUUGUUUGAUGAGAAAUGGUGCUGACUAUGCUGUUUUCAUUAAUACUGGUCAAGAAUUCGAUGGGUCAGAUGCUGGUGCUAGACCUGAUGAAGCCAUCUCAUGGGGUAAAAUCAAAGCUGAUGCUAAACAAGUCAAAGUUUAUGCUGAUGUUACAGUUGUAUUCCCCUUAAUCGUAGCUGCCACAUUUGCUUCACAAAAGCCACAAUAA